AUGAUGAAUAUUAAUUUUAAAAAUGUAUUUGGUAUUCCCUUGAUAAUCUUUAUAGUAUCUUGGUUAUUAUUUUUGACAUGGUCAUGUCAGAAUAAUCAAAAACUGAGAAUAUUAACAAGAAACACAUCGAAUACACAAUCAAUAUUUAAAACAGGUCCAGGCAUUCAUUCAUCUUGGUUAAGACAAAUUCAUCAACAUGAACAAAAAAUUUAUUCACAGAAUGGUGAAGAUGGAAUACUCUUAUGGAUAUUUGCAAAUAUUGGUACAGUUAAUUAUCCACCACGUUUUGUUGAAUUUGGUACUGAAAAUGGAGAUGAAUGUAAUACACGUUUUCUUCGUGAACAAUUAGGUUGGCAAGGAUUAAUGAUGGAUGGAAAUUAUGAAAUUCCAGGUAUAAAUCUUUAUAAAGAAAAUGUUACAUCAAAAAAUAUCAAUGAACUAUUAGCAAAAUAUCAAACACCAUCUUUACUUGAUCUUCUUUCAAUUGAUCUUGAUUUUGACGAUUAUUUUGUAUGGAAAUCAAUUUUACAAGCAAAUCGAUUUCAUGCACGUGUCGUUAUAAUUGAAUAUAAUUAUGCAAUUCCACCAAAUGAAAAUCGUGUUGUUGACCCGAAUCAAGAUUCUCGUCGAUGGACAGGUACAAUGCAUUUUGGUGCCGGUAUUUUAGCAAUGGCAGCACUUGGUCGUGCUUAUAAUUAUACAUUAAUUUAUGCAGAUAAAAUGGGUGUUAAUUUAUUUUUUAUUCAAACUUCUAUACUUAUUGAUCAAAAUAUUCUUCAUAAAGUACGAUCAGUUGAACAAAUACAUGUACCAAAACCUAUUGUCUAUUGGAAUCAUCCUCAAGAACGAGAUGAAACAAGACGAUGGAUAUGGAAUGAUACUGUAUGGAAAUAA